CGUCCCUGCGUGAGGGGUUGAACAGUUAGCACCUAGCGGCAGUUGCGCAGUGAGUUCUGGGCAAGGCGACAUACGCAUCGGAAAGCAGAGCAGCGGUCAAAGAUAUUUACGCUCGCUGUCCUUAUCGUCCGCUCUCACCUCCUACACUUGCAGAGGCGGAUACCUGGAGAUGUGGACGUGGUCGCUGCUGCUGUUGAUUGUGGCUGUCUGGGGUGCGGCGGGGGAGGUGCUGCUACACUGCGACUGCGCGCUGCGCGGCACCAACAACCAGCACGUCAGCAUACAGUGCCUCUCACAGGAGCCCGAACAUCGCUCUAACUUACAACAUCCGCUGUUUCCCGACGUGCAGAAGAAGACAACAUGUGAACAAGUGGCGGCCCGCCGCCUGCUGCCGGGCUACCAGCUGGUGGCGGGCGUAGGCCUGUACCGCGUCUACCGCACGCAGCGCGGCUUCAUCGACGCGGAGAACCGCUGCCUGCGCGACGGCGCCCACCUCGCCGUGCCGGAGACGCCGACCGAGGCCCGGGCCAUCGCAGACCUGCUGGCCGCGCACCGCCUGCACCACGCCUGGGUCGGCAUCCGCCGGCACGCGCCGUUCAUGUCCAAGUUCACCACCCUGCUGGGCGACGACGUGAAGAAGCUGGCGUUCCACGAGUGGGAGGAGGAGGGCGUGGUGCCGCUGGAGGACUGCUGCACGCUGAGCGGCCCGCGCGGCGGCCGCGGCGUCGGGCUGUCGGUGUGGCCGUGCUCGCGGCCGCUCACCUUCGUCUGCGAGCAGCCGGCGGGCGCCGCGCUGCCCCGCGGCUACUGGCUGGCCGGCGACGGCAGCGCGCUGCGCCUGCACCCGCAGUCCGACAGCCGCGACGCCGCCGCCGCCGCCUGCCGCGGCGAGGCCGCCCUGCUCGCCGUGCCGCGCACAGACUCCCUGGCGGAGGAGCUGCUGGCCGCCCUGCACGAGCACAACGUCACCGGCGACGUCUUCGUCGGCAUACACGCCGAAGCCGGAAGCGGAUUCCUCACUGACGCCGGUGAGCCCUUGGAACUGCUGGACUUCAAGAACUGGCUGCCAGGCCACCCGCAGCGGUCGCGGGAUACUCGGCGGUGCGUCUGCAUGGAGACCAGGGGCGUCCUCAAGGUCUGCGACUGCGAGCUGCCGCUGCCCUUCUUCUGCGAGAUACACUUUUGACCCACGGCUCUGCCGCUGUUGCUUCUGCUAUUGUGUCCUGAAGAUGCGUUGUUCUACGUACUUUAAACUAUCAGGAAACACUAGUUUUGUACUCCAUGACUGAGGAGGGAGAUAUUAAGCUUCUAUUCACAGAGAAAGUUCAUUCCAACACUUUCAAUUACCAGUAAUGUUACUGUACGAAGCUGUAAUAAACAGAUGUUCACAAUA